CAUAACAGGACUAAAAUUUUCAAAAACGAAGGGUUAUAUACUUAUCAAGCGAAGAGACUAGUUUCAAGAUUUUAGGGCUUGGGCUCAUGCAAUAUACUAGUACUUGAUAAAUUAGUAGGCACAAUAAGUGUAAUUGGCGGGAAAAGCACUAUACAUACACUAUUUUUCCCGCCGAACACCUCACUCUUUCACUCUUCACUUACUCAGAUACACCCUAACUAAACCCUUCCCUCCUACAAACCGGCCGACCACAGAGAAAGACGGUUCGAGAGAAAGUCAAGAAAUUCCGGCUACACAAUGGAUUACGGUGCUUUCUUCGUCGACGAAACCGCGGCUCCCGUCGAAAACGCCUUUCUUGAGUUCCUUAGAAGCUUCCGUUCUGAUCUGAAUUCACGGAAUCCGUAUUACGACACCGAGGUUACGAUAAUGGAGGAGUGUGAAUCAACCACUAUGUUUAUUGAUUUCUCUCAUGUCAUGCGAUUUGACGAUGUUCUUCAGAAGGCAGUUUCUGAUGAGUAUUUGAGAUUUGAGCCUUAUUUGAGGAAUGCUUGUAAGAGGUUUGUGAUGGAGCGGAAACCGAAUAUUAUUGCUGAUGAUAACCCUAACAAAGACAUCAAUGUUGCAUUCUACAAUAUUCCUCUCGUUAAGCGAUUGAGAGAAUUAAAUACCGCUGAAAUAGGCAAAUUACUAUCCGUAACUGGAGUAGUGACUCGCACGAGCGAGGUUCGGCCUGAGUUGCUCCAAGGUACUUUCAAGUGCUUGGAUUGUGGCACUGUUGUUAAGAAUGUUGAACAACAAUUUAAGUAUACCGAGCCUACAAUUUGUAUAAAUGCAACCUGUGCAAACAGAACAAGAUGGGUGUUACUUAGACAAGACAGCAGGUUUACCGAUUGGCAGAGGGUUAGAAUGCAGGAAACCUCGAAAGAAAUUCCUGCAGGGUCUCUUCCCAGAUCGCUUGAUAUCAUUUUGCGCCAUGAGAUUGUAGAACAGGCUAGAGCUGGUGACACGGUCAUUUUCACGGGGACUGUUGUCGUUAUACCAGACAUUCUGGCAUUGACAUCUCCGGGUGAAAGAGCAGAGGUUCGUAGAGAUGCAUCAUCUCAACGCAAGGCUGCUGCCACUGGAAAUGAAGGUGUCAGGGGUUUAAAAGCUUUGGGAGUGAGAGAUCUCUCAUAUCGACUUGCCUUUAUUGCUAAUUCCGUCCAGAUUGCUGAUGGUAGAAGAGAUGUUGACAUUAGAAACCGAAAGAAAGAUGGUGAUGAUGAUGAAAGCCAACAAUUCACGGCAGAGGAACUCAAUGAGAUCCAAAGAAUGAGAAAUAGUUCUGAUUUUUUUAAUAAACUGGUUGACAGCAUUGCACCAACUGUAUUUGGUCACCAAGAAAUCAAGAGAGCAAUUCUUCUUAUGCUGUUAAGUGGUGUUCACAAGCAUACACUUGAAGGCAUUAACUUAAGAGGGGAUAUUAAUGUCUGCAUUGUAGGGGAUCCCAGCUGUGCAAAAUCUCAGUUUCUAAAAUAUACUGCUGGUCUUGUCCCCCGAUCAGUCUACACAUCAGGGAAAUCAUCCUCGGCUGCUGGUUUGACUGCCACGGUUGCAAAAGAACCAGAAACUGGAGAGUUCUGUAUCGAGGCUGGGGCAUUGAUGUUAGCUGAUAAUGGUAUCUGCUGUAUUGACGAGUUUGACAAAAUGGACGUCAGAGACCAGGUUGCUAUUCAUGAAGCCAUGGAGCAGCAGACUAUAAGUAUCACAAAAGCAGGCAUUCAGGCUACUUUGAAUGCAAGAACUUCGAUUUUAGCUGCCGCCAAUCCUACUGGGGGUCGAUAUGACAAAACAAAACCUCUAAAGUAUAAUGUGGCUCUUCCUCCAGCAAUUCUCUCAAGGUUUGAUCUGGUAUACGUUAUGAUAGAUGAUCCAGAUGAUCAAAUUGAUUACCACAUUGCUCACCAUAUUGUUAGAGUACAUCAAAGGCAUGAAGAAGCAUUAUCACCUACCUUUACUACUGCCCAUAUAAAACGUUAUAUUGCCUAUGCAAAAACAUUGAAACCUAAGCUAAGUUUGGAAGCUAGGAAAAUGUUAGUUGCCUCAUAUGUCACUCUUAGAAGAGGGGAUGCUGCUCCAGGUAGUAGAGUUGCUUACAGAAUGACUGUAAGACAGUUGGAGGCAUUGAUCAGGCUAUCAGAAGCUAUUGCGCGAAGUUUCUUGGAACUAGAGGUACUACCACGCCAUGUCACUAUUGCGGUUCGACUUCUAAGGACAUCAGUUAUUAGUGUGGAAUCAAGCGAAAUUGACCUGUCUGAGUUUAAUGAAGAAAUUAAUGAUGGUGGAAACGGAGCAGAUGCUUCUGGGGGUGAUGCUCAGCAGUCUCAGCCUAGUCCUGCAGGGGAAUCAGCUUCAGCUAAUACAGGAAAUGCUGACGGAGCUAAAGCUCAGGAACAGAAUUUGGUGAUAACAGAUGAACAUUUUGACAGAGUGACAUAUGCGCUUGUCAUGCGGCUUAGGCAGCUUGAAGAGACUGCUGAGCAAGAAGGGAAAGGUCUUCUUGGGACUAGACAGAAGGAUUUGAUUCAAUGGUAUGUAGCACAACAAAAUGAGAAAAAUAGUUACAGUUCUAUGGAGGAAGCUCGUAAAGAUGUUAAAAUAACCAGAGCUAUCAUUCAGAAAUUGAUUAAAGAUGGAAAUCUAAUAGUUGUGGAUGAUGGUACGCAAGCAGUGGCUGAAGGUGAAGAUUCUGGGCGUCAACCUUCAGUGUCUAAAGACGACAGGAUCUUGGCUGUUGCUCCUAAUUAUUUUAUAGAGUGAGUUAUUCUGUUAUUUGUAAUGUGGGUAUAACUUAAUACUCCUUACUUCCAAGUUAAGGGUCUACAGCAGCCUGAGCUUUUGAUGAAAGAUCAUGCAUAUGUAAUUGAUCAUCUAUAACCCGUGCGUAGAGUAAAUUGUAAAAUUUACAUUCCCUGAUUGUCUCCUGAAUAAAUCCUGUAAUUUCAGGAGGUUGUUUCGGGUUAGGAAAUUAGAAAAUCAUGAUUAUGUUGUUAGAUGUAUUUGGUUGAAAUGCGAUUUUUUUUUUUUUAAAAAAAUUAUUACUCA